AUGCAUGUGUCACGCACAUCUUUGGCGUAUAUUUACGCUGUAGCGGUGACGUUUGUUGAAACUUCGUUGGCCAAACAUGUCGUUCACGAACGUGCGGUGGAUUCUCUAGGCGGAUGGGUCAAAAUAGGCAACAUCAAUCGCAAUGGCCUACUCCCUGUGCGCAUUGGCCUGACUCAACAAAAUCUCAAUCUUGGCCAUGAGUUACUCAUGGAAAGAUCCAACCCUGACUCUCCAAAGUAUGGCCAGCACAUGACCCAAGAUGAGGUGAAUGAUCUGUUUGCACCCCAUGACGACAGUGUUGAUGCAGUCCACAAUUGGCUUGAAGUCGAGGGUAUCAAAUUGGACCGCGUGUCUCGAUCGGACAAUCGUCAAUGGAUACAGUUCCAUGCCACGGUAGGGGAGCUUGAGAAACUCCUUAACGCAACCUAUGACAUAUAUGAGAACAAGAAGACCGGCAUUCGUCAGGUUGGAACGGAUGAGUACUCAAUCCCAGCUGAUCUUUUGGAUCAUGUCGAUUACAUUACCCCAGGCAUCUCAAGACUUCAGAUUUCCGGGGACGUCGAAGAGCGGCGGAUUCGUCGGGAUGUCAAUACAAAGAACCCGGACGAUGUCAUUCCUGCAGCUCCGUUGUUUGGUCCAAACGUAACGAGCAACUGCAAUGAUUUCAUCACGCCCCGUUGUAUCCGCAACAUGUACAACAUCCCUUUCGGUGAUUCGGCCGUCGAAGGCAAUGAUCUGGGCAUCUAUGAGCGGCAGCCAUACAACCAAACCUCAUUGAGUAUAUUUUUUGAGAAGUUCUCGUCAAAUAUUCCUACCAACACCACGCCUCUGUUCACUUCGAUUGAUGGCGCUAUGAGGCUCAGCAAUAACGAUACCCCAAUGACCACGGGCGAUGGCGAGGCUAUGCUAGACAUAAUCGUCGCAUACCCGAUCGUUUACCCACAGAAUGUCCGUGUCUACAAUGUUGACGACCUCUACUGGCAAAUAAACACGACCCAAGGCUAUUUCAACACCUUCCUCGACGCACUUGACGGCAGCUACUGCAACCGCACCGCUUUCAACAUUACUGGAGACAGCCCAGAGUAUGACCCAACAUACCCAGACCCAAAUGGCUACACGGGAGAGAGGAUGUGCGGCCUCUUCAAGCCUACAAAUGUCAUCUCCAUCUCCUGGAGCCCAGAGGAACAACAGCGAAGUGUCAACUACGACCGCCGCCAGUGCAGUGAGUGGAUGAAGCUCAGCUUGCAAGGCGUGACGAUAGUCGGGGCAACGGGUGAUUUUGGUGUCGCUGGCAACGGUGGCGACUGUAUUGAAGACGCGGACGGCAACUUCACCAUCUUUAAUCCAUUGGCACUGACCAAUUGCCCAUAUGUGCUGGCAGUUGGCUCGACCCAACUAGCACCGGGUCAUAGCGACGGCAAGGAGGGUAAUGAGAUUGCUACCAGCAAUCUAUUCUCCAGUGGUGGUUUCUCAAAUAUUUAUCCUACUCCUGAAUGGCAGAAAAGUGCCAUUGAUACGUACUUUAAGGAAAACCCAACGCCCUACAAGUACUACAACACCUCUGAGGGCAAGAAUAUUGGUGCCGAUGGCGGCAUCUUCAAUCGUGGCGGCCGCGGAUUCCCUGAUGUUUCUGCAGUUGGUUAUCGUAUUGUGUCGAUUGAUUUCAACUCCAUCUUCCUCGGCGGCGGCACGUCAUCAGCUGCUCCGAUUGUCGCUGCUAUUCUUACUCGCAUUAACGAGGAGCGCUUGAAGGCGGGCAUGCCCACUCUAGGCUUUGUAACUCCAGCGUUGUACGCUAAUCCUAGCGUUCUAAACGAUGUCACAGUUGGUAAUUCAUCUGGCUGUGGAACGCCGGGCUUUUUGGCUGCGAAGGGUUGGGAUCCGGUAUCGGGUUUGGGGACUCCAGACUAUCCCAGGAUGUUGGAGUACUUCAUGAGCCUGUGUUCUAAAUAA